AUAAAAGAUGAGAAUAGGUUGCAUCAUUGUCCUGAUAAUUGUUUCAGCCUACUUUGGCUCUGGUAGAGAUAUCACUACGAACAAAUUUGGAUCUCUUGAAGUUACCCAUGAAUAUGAUGACAUAGUUGAAAAAGAAGUCUACUUCUCAGAUGAUAGCUUAUAUCAUGACGACCUCUCUAGAUCUGACUUUCUAAUGGAUAGCCUCCAACAAGCAAAGGUUCAUAUGGAAAAGAAUGUUAAAGGUACCAUUUAUCAAUGCCAGGAUAAGAGCUGGGGCCCUAGAGAAGAUUUUCAAUUCCUGCCUGUCUAUGUAGGCUCUCUCAUGACUGAUGAAACAACUGUCGAAUAUGAGGGUACUUGUUUUAAGGAAAUGGCCUUUACAAUGAAACACCUCUCAGAUGAUACAGUAAGAGUAUCAAUUGAAGCUAAGAAAAAGAAGAGUACUUUCUGUAAAGAAGCUUUAUUCCUAUCUACAACACUGAGACACCAUGUUGAAUAUCUAUUUUUGGAAAGAACUCAUCACUUGACCUUGAAGAAUCUUGAUCAAGAAGAUAUUAUCGACCUGAAUCUUGCAGGGCUAAGGAUGUAUCUUUUCUGUGACGGAGUUAUGGAUAGCUUCAUCUCUGUAUUCAACACUCUGAAGCUCUUUGUGGGAGGACUUGGAGAUAAACCAAAGUGGCCAGUCAUAGGAUCCCAUGUGCCAGAAUAUAUGGAAAAAGCAAACGUUCACUUUGUCAAAGAAGCUAUUGGCUGGGAGAUGGAAAAAAGAGAAAUAACUGAUGUUGACCUUGACGAAUCUGAAAUCCAUGAUGGUGACUUCUUAGCUAUAACUAGGUUAGAUGGACUUGAUGAAAUUAUCAUGUGGGGAACUGGAGGAAGAGUUGGUCAUUCAACAAUGGCACUUUGGAUUGACGGAGAACUUCAUGUUAUUGAAUCCCAAGAUGCUUGGUAUUGGCCCAAACAUAAAAUUCAGAGAAAUACUUAUAAACAGUGGGUCGAGUGGGCUAGGAAUUGUGACUUUAUUGUUGCAAUCUUGCCUCUAAAAGAUGAAUAUAGAGCAAAGUUCAAUAAUACUGCCGCUUUGGAGUUCUUUGAAUCUGUUGAAGGCAUGCCAUAUGGAUAUCAUAACUUCUUGUUCUCCUGGAUUGAUACAGUUGAUAAAAAUAUUCCUCCAACCAUACCAAAAGAGUUCUUACCAGUUGCAUUAGAAAUGUAUGGAGAAAUUAUGCCUAAAACCAUUGAUACUUUCUUCCUGCAAGCAAUGAAUUUUAGACUUAACACAAAGGGAUUAAACUUCAGAGAAGUAGUAGCUGAAGCUGCCCUAAGAAAUACCACCAUUCUCGAACUCAUGGCUCAACCAGAACUUGAUGGCUGGAUGUAUUCUGAUGGCUACAGCUAUGUCUGCAGUUGCUUUGUUGUUGCUGUCUGGAAAGCUGCCGGAAUCUUUGGUGAUCUCGAAAUCAACGCUGUUGAGUUCACUCCCAAGGAUGUGUACCAACUCAAUGUGUUCAACACCACAGCUGCCAUUUCAGAGAAAUGCAAGAGCGCUGACCCAACUCUGCCAUACUGCCAAAUUUUGGGCAAGUACAGAAUGGAGUUGAAUGGGUAUUCAAGCAUUGACAUGUACAGCCACAUGAAUGAGCACUGUGAAUCAGAGUAUCCAGACUAUAUCAGAAACGAUGGAUGCUAA